AUGUCGAACGGGACCUCGACGGCUUCCUCUACAUCUACAUCUACCUCGCCAACGUCAACGUCAAACUCCACUUCCACUUCCUCAACGCCGUCUACCUCGUCGCCGACCACGUCAGCGCCAGCGCCAGCUACGCAAUCAAAACAAGGCCUCUCAGGAUCCCAGAUAGGAGGGAUAGUCGGUGGUGUUGUUGGCGCGGUGUUCCUCCUCGGGGUUAUUGCGUUGUUUCUUUUCUUUCGAAGGCGGAAGGGGCAGGAGGAUCUUCCACAGGAGGGUCCGGAUGUCCAAGGACCUGUUUCUGGGGCGGAUAAGCCGGUGACGGAGGAGGAGGGGGGAGUGGGGAAGGAUGUGCCGAUGCUUGAGGGGAGGAUGAGGCAGGAGAUGGAUGCGCAGGGUGCCGCGGCAUUGCAUGAGAUGGAAGGGGCAAGUGGACGGGGGAUGAUUGGGGUUGGUGGUGAGAAGGGGGCUGGUGUGUCGGAGUUGGAGGGGCAGAGGACGGUUGUUGCUGAGUUGGAUGGAGCGUCUGUUGUUCGGGGUUCUGGUGGAUGA